AUGGCGUCGCGAACGACGUCACGCCAGUCGGCGGCUUCGUUUGACUCGGACGCGCAGGAUGAGCCUCCCAAGGAGAAGCAGACUUUUGUUGGUUUUUGCAAGAAAAUUUGGGUGAAGACUGGGUUGGAUCGGCCGACUGUCUUGUUGAUGAUGAAGGGUGGACUUCCUCCAACUAUUGCUGUGGCUAUUUACCAGGCCAUGCCAGUUGCCCACCAGUUCACGACUCUGGGCUAUCUAAUGGCCAUCAUCUCUAUUUUGGGCUUUGCGAUCAUGCCUCGGGCAAAGUUCAUCCAGAUGAUGAUUUUUGAUGUUCUUGCUGUCUGCAUAGCGGCCUGUUUUGCGCUCUUGACCAUGUAUUCAAGUGUGAAAGCUAGGCAACAUACAACCACUCCCUCUAGUGGCACUUACAACUCUUCUGCAUCUGCAGUCAGUGGUGUUUGGCUCUUUUUCCAGAUCUGGAUGGUUCAUACCUUCCGCGCCAAGUACCCACAGCUGCAAUUCCCCGUCAUUAUAUACGCCAUGUUUUGCAACAUUGCUUCAGUUUACUCACCGCAGAUGCAGAAUAUGGCUGCUGCAAUUGCUAUGGUGAAGCGGUUGCUGGAGUCGUGCCUAACUGGUCUUGCUAUUUCGACCGUCACGUCUCUGUUCAUCCUUCCUAUGACUUCACGUCAGGCUGUCUUCAAGCAAAUGGCCGGUUACAUUGGUGGUCUUCGCUCCGCCCUGAAAGCUCAUGCUGUAUAUUUUGAGAGUUUGGAAAAGGAUGACAUGUUCGGUCGCACCGAGACCUUUGAUGAUGCCCGUGAGAAGUUUAGCAAGAAAGGAAAGGUCUAUAGCGCGGAGGCGGAAGCGAUUCGCGGUGCGAUCCGCCAGAUCACAGAUCUUCAUGCGAAACUCCAUGGUGAUCUCACUUUUGCGAAGCGUGAAGUUGCAUUGGGCAAACUGGGACCGGAUGAUCUUCAAGCGAUCUUCCGUCAUCUUCGCCAGAUCAUGAUUCCGGUUGUUGGGCUGAGCUUUGUCGUCGAUAUCUUCCAGCGAUUGUCGGAUUAUAACAGAUGGAAUCAGCCUAUUGAUGCCAAUUUGGAUGCAGUUCCGGAAGAUGUGCGAGAGCGCGUUGUGCAUGAGUGGAAUGAUAUCAUGAGAGCGGUACAUGAUCCUUUUGCCACGAUGAUUCAGACAAUUGACGAAGGACUUCUGCAUACGUCUUAUGUGUUCUUGUUGACAAAGCCACCAAAGCGCACGGCCAAGGCAAACACCUUGGAUGAUAAUGCGACCGAGGAAGGCAAGGAUGUGGAAGCAACAGCGCAGGAUACCGCCCCCGGCGAAAAAGCGUUCACGGAUCAUUUUGAGAAGAAGCUUGGAGAGUUUCGAAGCGCAAAGCGUCUCGCUUUGCAGACUUGGGCAGAGGAGAAGGGAAUCACACUACCACCCGACUUCUUCGAUCAUCCCACCAGUCCUGACAUUUUGGAGUCCGACUUUUUGGAUACCUCGGCUACACAGAAAGAGCGCAGUCGACGACAGCUGUAUCUGUUCCUCUAUAUGGAGCAAUUGCUGUACUCGACUGGUCAAACCGUCUUGGACUUUGUGCGCUAUGCUGAUCAUGUCGCUGCAAAAGGAAAAUUGUCAAAGACUCGGCUGGUCAUUCCUGGCGGCAAGAGAUUGUGGAAAUGGGCCAAAUCCGUCUUGAGUGCCGAGGACUCGCACGAGGAUGAUAACAUGGGUGACAUUCAUACCCAGAACAACAUCCUUCAACUUGGUGAGGCAUACCGGCUUCGCAAGGACCCGGAACACCUUCCACCUAGUACUGUGUGGCAGAAGUUUGGAGACAAGAUCCGGGUCCUCCCGUGGUUCUUUCGCUCUUUCGAGUCGACAUACGGCUUCCGCGUUGCCUGUGCUACUAUGACUAUCGCAAUUAUCGCCUUCCUACAUGAUACUCAGAUAUUCUUCACUCAACAGCGCUUGGUGUGGGCCAUGAUCAUGGUGAAUCUGAGCAUGUCCCCAACAUCAGGGCAAAGUAUCUUCAGUUUCGUGUUGCGAAUUCUAGGCACGACAAUUGCGAUGGUUGCAAGUCUUCUAAUCUGGUAUAUUCCAGACCAAAAGACACCAGGUGUCAUCGUAUUCUUGUUUAUCUUUGUGUCCAUUGCAUUCUACAUCCCCAUCAAGGUCUUCCGUUUCAGGGUCGUGGGCAUUAUCAGCAUUGUCACGACGACAAUGAUCAUCGGCUACGAACUUCAAGUUCGCAAAGUGGGAGAAGCAGUCGCUACUUCCAACGGACAGCCUUUCUACCCCAUCUACCUACUAGCACCGUAUCGGCUUGCUACUGUCUCGGGUGGUAUCGCUGUCGCGUUCAUCUGGACAUUCUUCCCGUAUCCGAUCUCGGAGCAUUCGGUGCUCCGACAGAGUCUGGGUGCUUCGCUGUAUCUUUUGGCGAACUACUAUUCUAUUAUCCAUGAAACUAUUUCCGGUCGCAUGCGUGGUGACGAAGGCGAUUACCUUCUCAAGAGUUCCGCAGGUCGGAAACUCGAGAAAGCCCGACACAAGGUGUUUUCGAAGCAGAUGCUUAUGCUUGCUGGUCUUCGGACGUACUCGGAGUUCCUACGGUGGGAAGUCCCAAUCGGUGGUCAAUUCCCUAAGAAGCAGUAUGACUCUAUCAUUCUCUGUGUUGAGAAUAUUGUGAACUAUCUCAGUUUGCUCGGUUAUGCGUCUGAUACGUUGAUGCAUCUCGGCGAUGGCGAUGAGGUUACCGAUACCGCCUGGAUGCUCGAUUUCAGACGGUUGGUUGGAACAGCAAAGGUCACCACGCACGAAGUCACAUCCUUGCUAUGUCUUCUGUCCGCUAGUAUCACGAACCGACAACCUCUUCCACCAUACCUUAAGGCCCCCCGACCCUAUAGUUUUACGAAACGUUUGGAAGCGCUUGAUAAGGACAUCUUGAGCCUCAGGCAUAUCGCAGAGCCUGGUUUCGCUGCAUUUGCAGUUCUACAGAUCUCAACCAGGUGUAUCGUUGGUGAUGUUGACAGACUCCUCCGACACGUCAAAGGGUUGGUCGGCGAGUUGGACUUUUCCUUCCAUGCCGUCAGCACGAGCGAGUCAAUGGCCCAAUCGCGCAUGCCUUCGCGGGCAGGAUCAAGAGUAGACUUGAGUGACAUGCCAAUAUCGAAACCGGGUGACCGAGACAAAACAGAUUGA